AUGAGCGCCGAGGGGAACGCGCACAAGCGAUGCGCGGCGCCGGGAAUGCGCGCGUACCUGUGGCGACGACGACGGAAUCUCACGGCGAGUCAGCACCGGACGAUCGUGCUCUUGGUGACGUUCGCGUCGUACGCGAUGUAUCACGCGAGCCGCAAGCCGCCGAGCAUCGUGAAGAGCGUGUUGAACCCGGACGCGGAGUCGAGGGCGAGCGGCGCGCGAGGGUGGGCGCCGUUCGAUGGGGACGAUGGAACGCGCGUGAUCGGGACGUGUGAUUUUGCUUUUUUGGCGAGUUACUCGGUCGGGAUGUUUUUCAGCGGACACAUUGGCGAUCGGAUGGAUUUGAGAAAGUUUCUGACGUUUGGGAUGCUCAUGAGUGGGCUCUGGGUGUCGCUGUUCGGGAUGGGAUAUUAUUGGAACGUGCACAGCGUCGGAUACUACGUCGUGGUGCAGAUGGUUGCGGGAGCGAUGCAGUCCACGGGGUGGCCGUCGGUGGUGAGCGUCAUGGGUAAUUGGUUCGGCAAGGGAAAACGAGGCCUCAUCAUGGGCGUUUGGAACGCGCACACGUCGGUGGGGAACAUGCUCGGGAGCAUUCUCGCGUCGAUGGCGCUUCGAAGCUCGAAUUGGGGGAUGAGUUUCAUCGUUCCGGGCGUCAUGAUUAUGCUGUGCGGUUUAUUGGUUUGGAAUUUUCUCGUCGUCUCGCCUGAGGACGUGGGGCUGCCGCCCGCGAACGCGCCGAGCGUGUCAUCGAACGUUGAAGACGAAAGUGAUGAGGAGUCUGUGGCGCUUCGACGGUUGAUCAACAGUGAUGGAUCGUCGCGAGCGGAUCGCGAGAAGCCAGUCGGUUUCGCUGCGGCGCUGAAGAUUCCGGGCGUUAUCACGUUUUCUCUCUGUCUCUUCUUCACCAAGCUCGUCGCGUACACGUUCCUUUAUUGGUUGCCGUUCUACAUUGAACGAACUGAGAUUAAUGGGCAGUACCUGAGCGCGGCGAAGGCGGGCGAACUGAGCGUCAUCUUUGACCUCGGCGGUAUCGUGGGCGGCAUCCUCGCCGGGUACAUCAGCGACAGGUACAACGCCCGCUCCAUGACCGCUGCCGCCUUCGUCUACCUCUCCAUCCCGGUCCUGUACAUGUAUCGCGAGUUCGGGUCGCGAUCGAUGUUUACCAAUCUCAUCCUCAUGGCGUUCAGCGGCAUGUUAGUCAAUGGACCAUACGCCCUCAUCACCACCGCCGUGAGCGCGGAUUUGGGCACGCACGAAAGCCUCAAGGGCAACGCUCGUGCGCUCGCCACCGUCACCGCCAUCAUCGACGGCACUGGUUCUUUCGGUGCCGCCAUCGGCCCCAUGCUCACCGGCUACAUCACCUCCAUCUCCGAGGACUGGAACCACGUCUUCUACAUGCUCUACAUCGCCGACUUGUGCGCGGGUCUGCUCCUGACGCGUCUCAUCUUCAAAGAGGCCCGUGCCCUACUCGCGGGCGCGUUGUAA